UUUAAAAAAAAAGGGAGAACCAGCAGCACCGUCUUGGAGGAACAAAUCAACCAAAGCAGUGCAAAUAGACUUAUCCCUCCGUCGCGACGGAGCACGGCCGAGGGAAACACGAACUUCCAACUCUCCAUGUACGGCACGCUGAAAACACAUCAGAGCCGUUCGGAAGCUUCUAUCAAGCUCGCGUUUCGUUUCCCCCUCUUUUGAGUAUAUGUGGAGGUCAGUCGAACGGUUCCAUGAGAAUUGGUAUUCCGUGGCGAGGCGAAGUUUGGUUGUUUUCUUAACUGGAGGUGUGGGAGUCGAGGAGCUUCGGGGGGAAGUGUGCGAAAGAUGAUUUUGAACGGUGCUUUGAGAGGAGGCUUGCUUUGCGUCCUGGCGCUGUGGCUUGGCUUUACGUCUCCCCCGUGCAAGGCUCGGAUUUACACCAACCAUUGGGCUGUGCGGAUAACUGGGGGACCCGAGUUUGCUGAUCGGAUAGCCAGCAAAUAUGGAUAUAAAAACAUGGGCCAGAUUGGCGAUUUAAAGGACUACUACCAUUUCUACCACAGUCGGACGAUAAAAAGGUCCACCAUCUCCAGCCGCGGAACCCAGAGCUUUAUCUCCAUGGAGCCAAAGGUGGAGUGGAUCCAGCAGCAGGUGGUGAAAAGGAGGAUCAAGCGAGAUUACAAACCCAUGGCUCCUCUCUCAGGCGCUGCCCAGUCCGGCUCCACGCAGUCCAUCUACUUCAACGAUGCCAAAUGGACCAGCAUGUGGUACAUACACUGUAACGACAACAUUCACAACUGCCAGUCGGACAUGAACGUCGUAGGAGCGUGGAAGAGAGGUUACACGGGGAAAGACGUCGUAGUCACCAUCCUCGACGACGGCAUCGAAAGGAACCAUCCUGACCUCAUUCAAAACUAUGACACCCACGCCAGCUAUGAUGUUAAUGGUAACGACAUGGACCCGAUGCCCAGAUAUGAUGCAAGCAACGAGAACAAGCAUGGCACGCGGUGUGCUGGAGAAGUGGCGGCGUCCGCAAACAACUCGCACUGCACGGUGGGAAUCGCCUACAACGCCAAGAUCGGGGGUGUGCGUAUGCUGGACGGCGACGUGACUGACAUGGUGGAAGCCAAGUCUCUGAGUCUCCACCCUCAGCACAUCGACAUCUACAGCGCCAGCUGGGGCCCAGACGACGACGGAAAAACGGUGGACGGUCCGGCCGCCCUGGCCCGCCAGGCCUUCGAAAACGGCAUUCGCCAGGGCAGAAAGGGUCGCGGCUCCAUCUUCGUGUGGGCGUCGGGGAACGGCGGGCGUAGCAGAGACCACUGCUCAUGCGACGGCUACACCAACAGCAUCUACACCAUCUCCAUCAGCAGCACGGCAGAGAGCGGACGGAAACCGUGGUAUCUGGAAGAGUGCUCCUCCACCCUCACCACAACUUACAGCAGCGGAGAGAACUACGACCGCAAAAUCAUAACCACAGAUCUAAGGCAGCGUUGCACAGACAGUCACACGGGGACUUCGGCAUCCGCCCCGAUGGCCGCUGGGAUUAUUGCCCUUGCCCUGGAGGCUAAUCCUCUGCUGACGUGGAGAGACGUUCAACACAUCAUUGUGAAGACUUCUCGCCCCGGUCACCUCAGUGCUCCCGACUGGAAAACUAACGCUGCAGGAUAUAACGUCAGUCAUCUGUACGGCUUUGGCCUGAUGGAUGCCGAGGCUAUGGUGAAAGAGGCAGAGAGAUGGAAGCAGGUUCCCGCCCAACACAUCUGCGUGGAGAGUCCGGAUCGACAGAUCAGGACCAUUCGGCCAGAACACGUGGUUCGGUCCGUUUACAAAGCGACGGGCUGCACCGACAACCCCAACCACCACGUCAUCUACCUGGAGCACGUCGUAGUCCGAAUCACCAUCACGCACCCACGACGGGGAGACCUGUCAAUCAACCUUACCUCACCCUCCGGAACCAAGUCUCAGCUUCUGGCCAACAGACUUUUUGACCACUCUAUGGAGGGUUUUAAGAACUGGGAGUUCAUGACCACACACUGCUGGGGAGAGAAGGCGGCUGGAGAUUGGAUACUGGAGAUCCACGACUCCCCGUCUCAGCUCAGGAGCCAGAAAGCACCAGGCAAACUGAAGGAGUGGUCGCUGGUGCUUUAUGGCACCUCUGUGCACCCGUACUCCUUCCGCAGCGAUAAGCCACGCUCAGUGGUUGAGCCCCAGACCGAUGACGAGUUUAGUGACGAGUACAACGGUCCCUGCGACCCAGAAUGCAACGAGAGCGGCUGUGAGGGCCCGGGCCCCCAGCAGUGCCUCACCUGUCUGCACUACUUCCUCAAAUUCAAGAACAACACCAGAACGUGUGUGUCAGAGUGCCCUUCUGGAUUUUUCCGGGAUGAUAAGAAGCGUUGUAAGAAGUGCUCAGCGCUGUGUGAGUCGUGUGUCGGCAGCAGGAAUGACCAGUGCUCCUCCUGUAGGCCGGGUUUCUACCUGCGUGAGGGAUCCAACACCUGCGUGCCUGCCUGUGGAGAUGGCUUCUACCUCGACCUUGAUUCCAGGAUGUGCAAGAAAUGCAGCGAAAGCUGCAAAAAAUGCACGGCCUCAAACAUCUGUACCGAGUGCAAACCGGGACUCAGUCUCCAGGGCAAUAAGUGCCAGAUGACGUGUGAGUCGGGCACAUACUAUAACGGGCACAAACGGAUUUGUGAGCAGUGCCACACCGCCUGUGCCACCUGUGCAGGAACGGGGAUGGAGGCGUGUAUUUCCUGCGCGGAGGGCUUUUACAUGGAGGAGUGGCGCUGUGUGUCCAGCUGCAGUGUGGGAUACUACAUGGCAGAGCAGGUGUUGGAGAAGGGAAAGGUCCACAAAUCCUGUCGCAAGUGCGAUCCCACAUGUUACUCCUGCAUAGGCCCCGGAGAGAAGAACUGCAGCACCUGUGUCAGUGGCUACAACCUGGAGGGUGGAGUGUGUGUCGUCAGCACCAUCUGCAAAGAUGGACAGUACCAGACCAGAUAUGACAAAUGCAAAUGGUGUGAUGCGACGUGUUAUAAAUGCUCAGGACCUGAGGAGGAAGACUGUCUCAGCUGUGGGUUACACCGGGUCUUUGAUGAUGGCCGCUGUCGUAUCCAUUGUGAAAGAGGGAAAUUUGACAUGGAUGGCCAGUGCCAUCUGUGUCACCACACCUGUAAGGAGUGUGACGACCAGGGACCAGAUGACUGCUCCAGCUGUGACGCUGAUAAGUUUGGGGUUGAGCGGUACCUGUUUAAUGGGCAGUGCCGUGAGACUUGUCCCGAGGGCCAUUUCCACAGCGGGAGGCGGACGUGUGACCCGUGUCCCGAAAACUGCCUGGUGUGUGACUCGUCUGUGCGCUGCAUCCACUGCAAUGCCUCCUACUACCCCAAAGACGGAAAAUGCCUCAAACUGGAAUGUGGAAUAGGUGAAGUGGCUGACCCCGAUCACGAGGAAUGUCUUACCUGUGAGGAGGGAUGUCACAAAUGCCUGCAGAUUAAUCCAGAGCACUGUAUGUCUUGUCUCCCGGAAUUCUACAAACUUGGAUCGAGCUGUCACAGAAGUUGUCCCGAGAAGACAUACGAAGACAGGGAGGAAAUGAUGUGCAUGCACUGUGAGGAAAACUGUCUAAACUGUGACAGUUCUCAGUGUUACUUCUGCGAAGAGGGUUAUUACCUCUCAGAUGAGAAGUGCGUAAAAACAUGUCCGGAGGGUUUCUAUGGCGACUCGCAUCAGGAAUGCGAGCCAUGUCAUCGUGACUGCCGGACGUGCGGCGGGCCGGACUAUAACGACUGUGACUCGUGUGAGCAAGGCAUGCGAUUGGUGAACGGCCAGUGCGUUGACGUGAAAAUCACGGUCACCUGUUCCUCGGAUCACUUCGUCAACCGGCAGGGAGAAUGUGACCAGUGCCAUCCCUCGUGCGGGACCUGCUCUGGCCCAGAAGCAACCAGCUGCGACACGUGCAAAACCGGUCACUUUCUGACAGUUUCGCAGUCCUGUGUGGACAAAUGCCCAUCACGCACUUUUGGGAAUUUGACCAGUAAGCAUUGUGAAGCCUGUUUGCCAGGCUGUGUUCAGUGCCAAGAUGCCCACAGCUGCCAGAGGUGCCAGUCUGGGCACGCACAUCUGUACCUUGAGGGUGGCCGCUGUGUCGCUGAAUGUAAAAGGGGAUUCCCGGUAAAGGGCGUGUGUCAAAGCUGCGCCCAGGGUUGUGCCUCGUGUGAGGGAGACGCCAAUCGCUGCCUGACCUGUGAGAGCGGCUUCGUCCUCUUUAAACACACCUGUGUGGAGCACUGUCCUGUUGGCCACUACAUCAACAAAGAGAUGUGUGAGAGAUGUCCAUCUGGGUGCAAGGAGUGCGGUUCUGACGGCACCUGCAGCGCAUGUGAGCAGUAUUUCUUCCUGCAUGGGGAGCACUGUCUGGAUGACUGUCCGAAGGGGUUCUUCGCCAGUGAGGCUCAGUGGAGAUGUGAGCCCUGUCACUCAGACUGUGCGUCCUGUGAUGGGCCUGAUGCUGACGACUGUGACAUCUGUAAGAACCACAGGGCUGUUCGCUACAAUGGUCAGUGUCUGUCCACCUGCCCCGCCACCACCUACCUACAGAAAGACAAAGCUGAAUGCAGAGAUUGCGAUAAGUCCUGCCUGACCUGCUCCGGGCCCCACCCCUCCUCGUGUCUGAGCUGCAGGUUCGACAUGAGGCUGGACGUGAACGGGCACUGUGCGUUUUAUAUCAACUGCGCGGAGCAUAUGUACAAGGAUAAGAAUGGAGAAUGCAGGGCUUGUCACCACACCUGUCACCGAUGCUCCGGGGGGGGCAAAAACCAGUGCCUCAGUUGCCCCCCCAAAAGCUUCUUACUCAAUCAAACCUGCGUGGGCCAGUGUCCCAGUGGUUUCCAUGGCGACGUGGAGGAAUGGAGGUGCAGUCAGUGUCACGAGACCUGCGCGUCUUGUCGUGAGCACCACAGUAUGGACUGUGACACCUGCAGGCCGAACCUGUUCAAGCUGGACUACCGCUGCGUGGAAAACUGUGGAAGCAGCAGCAGCAGAACGUGCGAGCCAUGUGACCACGCCUGUAAGGAAUGUUCUGGAUGGAGCGACAGUCACUGCACAAGCUGCAGGGACGGAUACUUUCUCCACAAGGCGUCGGGUCGCUGUCUACACGAGUGUCCUCCUGAACACUUCCCCAACACCCGGGACAGGAUCUGCCAACGCUGCCAUCCCACCUGCCAGACCUGCACAGAUUCGGGAGCCGUGUUUUGCACGUCGUGCUAUAAAGGUUUCAGACUUUUUGGAGGAAUCUGUUCAUCUGAUUGUCUGAGUGGAACAUACAUGACAUCAGAGAGCCCAGUCCUGCAGUGCUCACCUUGUGACUCAUCUUGCAUGGAGUGUAAGGGCCCGGGUCCCCAGAACUGUACGGCGUGUCCGGCCCUAGAGGUCCUCUCGGAGGACGGCCAGUGUCUGACCUGCUGUGGGGAGGACACGCGAAUGGACGGCUCGCCCCUGCCCUGGUACUGCUGCAGAUGUGACGAAACAAGAGGCAAGUCUGGCUCUCCUCACGCCUUCACACAGUGUGUGGAUGUGGCUGGAGUCUCUGUGGAGUCUCCUGACUUCCCCUUCUCUCUCCCUCUCCCAGACGAGUGUGUCCUCAGCACAAAUUACGUCUUCUCGCACCCCGAGGAGAUUCCGGGCGGAAACGGGGCUUUGUUCGCCGUGACGGCCGUCUUCAUGCUGACCGGACUGGGUGCGGCGGUCUUCUUUCUCAUGUGGGCCCGUUCCCGGCUGGCCGCCGUCCCGGCGACCAAACCCGGAGGGUACCGGCAGAUCGACGGGGGGAACGCCGGCGCCGUCGCCGGCAACAGCAUCCACGACGAAAUGAUGGCGGACUACAGUGACAAGGACGAGGACGAGGAAGAGGACGAGGAUAUCGUGUACAUGGGGAUGGACGGAACCGUGUACCGGAAGUUUAAGUACGGACUGCUAGAGGACGAGGAGGAGGAACUGGAGCUGGAGUACGAUGACGAGAGCUACUCCUUUAGGUGAACAGCAGGAGGAACGCUGUGCGCCU